AAAUUUCAAGAAAGAGAAAUGGUUACUUUAACUUCAUCUUCUUCAACUCCAAAUAAAUCUUUUGAUUUCUUGAUGAACAAUAAUACCAGUAACAGCCUCAGCCUCUAUGGUCCUUUCUCUUCUUCAUCUUCUACCUCUUUCUCUUACUUGACAAGCAAGGAAGAUGCUCUCACGCCGAAGAACCUAAUGAGUGGUAUGAACAGGAACAUCGAUCCAGAGGAGCAUCACGAUGUUGUUGGAAUUAGCAAGAAAGCUUCUGAAGAUUUGGAGAUCAGUGUGUUUGGAGCUGAGAAGUACUUCAAUGGAGAUAUGGAUUCCGACCACAGUCCUAGACCUGUGUCUCCUUUACCAAACCCAGAAGUUUCAAUCGAGAGAAUCUUCAUUGGUCCGAAGCAAAGCUCGAUAAAUUCCUCGGAAACUCCGAGUCUUCGAUCUGAAUCCAGCUGGAACAGUCAGAGCUUGUUGCUUCAGAACAAAUCGGAGAAGAAGAACAAGAACAAGAACAACUCUAGCUGCAACAGUUUCUUGCAGGAGAAGGAUGUAAGUAGCAAUCAAAAGGUGAGUAACAAGAAGAGUUUUCUCGCGAAUCUUGGUUGCAGAUGCGUUUGUUCUAACUGGAAUUCAGUAGAUGUCGUCGACGAGCAGCAGCGAAGAAACUCUGGUCUGAAGAAGAUCAAAACCCAAUUGAGCUCAGAGAUGAAGAUUCAUCAACAACAGCAAGAAGCAAUGUUAGAGCAGAGGAAGUCUCUGGAAAUCUUUGGAUCUCCUCUAAUCAAGAAGAGAAUCAUUCAGAAGAAAUUUCCAUGGGAAUACUCGAGCUCUGCGAAAACAGAGGAACGUGGAUUCUCUGUGAAGUAUGAACAAGAAGAGGAAGAUGGGAGUGUGAGCGAUUUAAGCUCGGAUCUUUUCGAGAUUGAGAGCGUAACAGGAAAGGCAAAACCCUUCCUUGCAAGGCAAGGAAGCAGCGAUCCAGAGUCACCGAAUGGUUAUGCACCAAGUGAGGUAAGCAUAGCGUGGAGUGUAGUAACGGCUAGUGUGGCGGAUUACUCUGUUAUGUCUGAAUGUGCGACAAGUCCUGUCAAAAACCGGUCUUUUCAGAUUCCUCGAAUCCCUCUGAUCGCCAAAUCAAACCGAGAAACCGCGCCUCAGAGACGAAAAUCGAGCAGUGGAGGUUUAUUAUUGGGCUGCAAGAGUCAUAAAUAUGUUAGAGUUUCAGGUGAUUCGUACACAAGCGUGAACAGAACACCGAGUUAUGCUCCAAGAUUCCCGGUAGAAGCUAAUCCAACAAGUAUCGAAACAAGGAGGAAGAUCAGUAGUAGCUCGUUUUCUCACACGCAUUCACCUUUUCUGUAUACUCAGUGAUGCCAAAAAAACUGAACUACUUUCUCUUUACAUGUAAUGUCUGUUGAAUGAAAAAGAUUUGCUUUGUUAAUACCA